CACUUGACGAUUCCCAAAACCCUCUGAAAAGCCUGAAAGGCGUCGUCGUCGUCUUGGUCUGGCGAAGAAGUCCCGCCGGUACAGCAAAUGGGGAAGAAAAAAUCCACCAAGAAAGAGAGCGGCAGGGUGAGCGAGGGAGAGUUGUUGAAGACCCUCGAAGACUUCACAGUCAAAGACAAUUGGGAUAAGUUCUUCACCUUGAGAGGCGCCGAUGAUUCCUUCGAGUGGUACGCCGAAUGGCCGGAGCUCCAAGCGCCAUUCAUGCAGCACCUUUUGUCUCCGGCGGUGAGCAUCUUGGUGCCAGGGUGCGGGAACUCGCGGCUGUCGGAGCAUCUGUACGAUGCGGGGUUUAGUAACAUUACGAAUGUGGAUUUCUCCAAGGUCGUAAUUACGGAUAUGUUGAGGAGGAAUGUGAGAGAGCGGCCGCGUAUGAAGUGGCGCGUGAUGGACAUGACCAGUAUGCAGUGUGAAAGUGAGAGCUUUGAUGCUGUGAUCGAUAAGGGAGGAUUGGAUGCUUUGAUGGAGCCUAAGCAUGGUCCAGUUUUAGGAUAUAAAUAUCUGUCUGAGGUGAAAAGGGUUUUAAAAUCGGGAGGGAAAUAUAUUUGCCUCACAUUGGCAGAACCUCAUGUAUUAGAUAUACUUUUUCCCAAGUUUCGGUUCGGGUGGAAGAUGAGUAUUUACAACAUUGCUCAGAAAUCAUCAUCUAGAAACCCAAAGCUUUUGACUUUUAUGGUGGUGUGUGAGAAAGACGUUUCUAAUGCUGUUUCGGAGAUAUUGUCAUUUUUGGAUAAAUGCGCUAUCGAAUCUUGCAGUUAUCAGGUUCCUGGACUCUAUGAUGCACUUGAGAGAGAAAAAGUGGUUCGGCUAGACUACAUCAAUGGUUCUGAUCUAACAUACUCACUCGAAGACCUGACACUAGGGGCAAAAGGUGACCUAACAGUGGUCAAACCUGGUCGUAGGAUAAAACUGGUAUUAGGAGAACCUGGAUUGUCUCGUUACUACUACAAUGGUGUACUACUUGAUGCUCCAGAGGAUUAUGCACCUUUCAAGUAUUAUUAUGCGGUAUUCAUUGUUCCAAAAGUGAGAGUGCAUGAGUGGCUCUUCUCAUCAGAAGAAGGACAGUGGCUUAUUGUUGCAAACUCAAAAGCUGCUCGAUUAGUAGUGAUUUUACUGGAUUCCGGAAAUUCUAAUGCUGCCAUGGAGGAUAUACAGGUCGAUCUCUCUCCGCUGGUCAAGAACUUGACACCAAAAAAUUGUGAUGAUGCAAUUCCAAUUCCGUUUUUGUCUGCUGGUGAUGGGAUCAAGCAGCGUGACAUUGUGUAUGAGGUUGUGUCUCUUCUCACCGGUCCAAUUAUUGUAGAUGAUGUAAUCUAUGAUAGGAUUGAUGAUGUUCCCUCAAAAGAUUUUGUAUUCCGGCGCCUUAUUUUUCAAAGAGCUGAGACUUUGGUGCAGUCUGAUGCUCUUUUAUCAACAGAAGGUUCAGAUAUAAGCUCAAGUGAAGCAAACCAAAUGAAAGUGAAAACAGAAACUGGGUCUGGUUCCAAGAAGAAAGGAAAGCAGAAAAAAUCCAGUUCACUGACUACUCAGUCCAAUGGAUCAUGCAGUCAGAAAAAAAUUGAUCAUGACUAUUUAGCAAGCUCAUACCACAGUGGAAUAAUUUCUGGAUUAAUGUUGUUUUCCCGACUCAUAGAUAUACAAGGGUCUACAUCAGAGGAGGGGAAAGUCAAAACAGUCGUUAUCGGUCUAGGAGCUGGAUUGCUUCCCAUGUUUAUGAGGAAGUGGCUACCUAUUCUAGAUAUUAAGGCAAUUGAAUUAGAUCCUGUGGUUUUUGAUGUUGCUAGAAAAUAUUUUGGUUUUGUAGAAGAUGACCAUUUGAAGGUGCAUAUUAUGGACGGAAUUAAGUAUGUCCAGGAUAAAGGGAAUGCCGCAGCAGAUGGAAAGGGUUCUUGCAUCAACAUACUCAUUAUCGAUGUGGACUCAACGGAUUCAAGCUCUGGUUUAACCUGUCCGGCAACAGAUUUUGUUGAGGAAUCUUUUCUUUUAUCAGUAAAAAAUUCUCUCACUGAGCAAGGCAUAUUCGUCAUUAAUCUGGUCUCAAGGUCCCCUUCCCUGAAGGCCGCAAUAUAUUCAAGAUUGAAAGCAGUGUUUAGCAACCUCUUUUCCCUCAAGCUUGAAGAAGACUUGAAUGAAGUAAUCUUUGCUGUGAAGACCAACUUUUCCAUCAAUGAGAAGUAUCUUUCUGAAGGUUGUAAAACUCUUGCAGCAUCAUUAGAGCAGGAAAAGAAGGAAUGGGCCCAGGGAGUAAUAGAUGCCUCCAAGCUCAUCAAAGCACUCUGAGGAGCAACGACUCACUCGUCCAGCUGGAUUUUCAAGGUCUGUCUUGUCUUGCACAAGAACAUUACAUUCUACUUAACUUAAUGCAAAUCCUGGAAGUAUAGAAAGCUAGUUAAUUUGUGACGUUGAUGCUAUAAAAAAGCACGCGGGAAAGUUGGUUUCGAGUACACCAACAAUGCAUUGCAUAUGAUCUUGAUGGUCGGUUGAUAACCUAGGCCAAUGCACUGUACCUAUAUCUAUGUGUUGGCUGAGAAGUUGUGGGUGUACAUGUUUUAUUUGAUACAUUAGAAGCCAAUUUUUGUGCUCCUUUGGUGCCUUAUGCUGAGGUCUUUUACUUGCAUUGGAUGCAUAAGUAUAACUCACAUUGUUAUUUUUAAAUUAUUCGAAUGAGGAUUAGAAGUUAAAUUUUAACAUUACAAA